GACGGAUAGAGACAGUGAUGCUGAGCUGCAAAAAAAGAAAAAAACCUGAUUUCUUCACUCCGCUACACUGAAUUCAGCCUCUGUUUGGACAAACAGGAUUCAUUUACAAUUUCUAAGGAAACCUCAGAGUCUAAUGCAAUGCGAUCCAUGCUGAGCUGUGGAAGGUGCUGAGACAAAAAAAAGAGAAGAUGAUAAUGACCUCUAUUCUCCGGGGGCUCCUCCUGGCAGAGACCUGCCUCUAUGCCUAUGGGGCCCCCACCUACGUCCCAGGCUUCAACCAGAUGCAGGACAGCUCCUGUGAAGAACACUGUGCCAGCUCAGUCACAGCAGACAGAGUAACCUACUCCACAGAGCCUGUUCCGUUGGACAAAGAGCAUGUUACCAGCUUCAUACUGAAUGCAGCUGCAGGAGGAGGGACUGGCCUACAUGGGGGACCUGAGGGGAUAGGUCCAGUGACGCAGACAAAAAACGGGGACAGCGCUCAUAGACGAAUUGGGUUGAGCCCGGCUGAUCGAGAGGCACAGAAGAAGAUUGAGAGCGUAUCUGAAGAGGAAGAUAUAGGGAGUGUAAAAAAGGCGAAACCUGUUAGCGGUGAGCCUUUCGGUCCAACAGAUGGAAGGGGGCGCUUGGACGCUGACAUCAAUACCCCUGCACGGACUUCAGGUAGUUUUGAGGCCUCAAUUACACCACAGAUGGAUUUUUUCUACAGCCAAAAGAGCAAAGAAGGUGGAAAAGACGGAACAAAACCAUCUGCUUUUGAUGAUGAGGAGGAUGAAUACUCUGAAGCAACCUUGCAAUCUUUCACAGAGCCUCUAAACACUCCUUUAUGGUCCCAAAAAAUGGGCUCUCUUAGCUCCAUUCCACCUUUACUGAUGGGCACGCCUCAGGCUUCCACCCAUCUGACAGUCUGGGGCCACGAUGGACCAACAAAAUCAUUACCUUCAGAUGUCAUUUUACCUGAAAUCGGACCAUUGAACAUGAUGCCCAAAGAUGAUGGCCUGGAAAGUCUUUGGACUGAGGCAGCAAGACCCGCUGGAGCAGACACGUCGGCCCCACUCUCUCAGGGCGAACCAACAGAGGCCACCAUGUCAUCAGAAGCUCUUCCUCUGAUCUUUGAGCCAAUGGAGGAUCUCACAGAGGAGGGACCUGCAGGACCUGCAGCAGCCGCGGCGGUCUCCCAGGCACCAGUCAGGUCUCCCGGUACCAUGGCAACCAAGUUACUGCCUACAUUGGAGGGGGACAGGGAGGCAAAGAACACAGACGGUGACAGCCCCUCCAGAGAACCCCCAGUCCGUCUAGCUGACUGGACUUCACCUUGGCAGGCGUCUGGCUCGGAGCUGCUGGAGCCAGUCACUACAUUGGGUACCUCUGCUUCACUGCAGGAGACCCAAACUGAGCAGGAAGAUAAUUCAAGAAAAGAUUCUGUGAAGACCACAAACAGGCCCCCAGCAGCAUCUCCUCUCCCAUCCCUCCACAAUCCAAUGAAGACAGCGAGCCAUCAGCUACUGCACAAAUCUAAAACAGGACUAGAAGAGAUGGAGUCUGAGGAGGAGCUGGAUGAGGAUGAUGAGAUCUCUGAGGAAUCGGUGGAAGAAGAAGACAGUGAAGAGGACUUAACAGAGGCCCCUAACACAUCCUCCAAUCAGCCACCCUACAGCCUCAUCCCUCCGCCGCCAGUCUGGGUUCAACGCAACCAAGGGCUGAUGCGCAGCUGGGCAGAGCUGAUCAGAGAAAAGGCUGGUUAUGUCUCUGGGAUGUUGGCCCCUGUAGGCAUUGGCAUCACGGGGGCCCUGCUAAUUGUCGGCGCCCUCUACAGCAUCCGAAUGCUCCACCGCAAACGGAGGAACAGCUUCAAACGCAAGAGGAGGAAGGCCAGACAGCCAGAGCAGCCUCGAGAGCCCGGCACCAGCUGUCAGGAUCAGGCCAUGCUGCUGGCUGACAGCUCUGAGGAUGAAUUCUGAGAGGGAAUUUUUUUUUUUUUUUUGGGCGUUCUUUAAUAGACGCCCCUGUUGGAGGGGUCUGGUGUCUCCAUCUGUGUAACUGCAUAUCCCAUCAGCCUUGCCUGUUUGGGUACGACUCCUCUGAUAUACUGAAUGCAACUUGAGCAAAGGGCAUAGUGGACAUGAGAACGCAGGUCAGCUUUAAAACUCCUUUCUGUUUGCAAUGGAAACCUCUCUUUGUCCAGUUAUAAACAGUAUUUUCAUUUGAAUUUCAGGACAAAAGGAGGUUGUUUCCUCAGCCGUAAAUUUCUUUCACCUGAGUUUUUAGAAACACACAACAGAUUCCUCACUGUCCGAAUAAAUACAACUACUGGAUGACUUCCACUUUCCACCACCGAGCCCAACAGUUGGUUGGUAGUAUUUAUGUUGAUACGCCCUGUUUAUCCUUAUUUGGUCUUAACUGUCCUGCUGUAAAACGUGUUGCUAACUAAAAUGCUCAGUCUUUUUUUUUUUUUACUUAUAAACUUUACCAUUUAGAGUCCAAAUGUUAUUUUUCUUUACUUCCUGGCAGUGUGUUAAAAAGAACUCCAACCGCCAAAAAAUCCUGCAGCACAGGAUACAUUUGCUGAUGAUUGAGUACAUAAACAAAUUUAUUUAACUGUCAUUAUUAACUGUUAUAUUAAUUACAUCCUUUUAGUAGCAACAAUUAUAUUUUGGUUUGACUAUAAUAAAAGUUUGGAAUCUGUUGUUGUUUUUUUUGCUCCUAAAA